ACUACAGUGCGAUGCAUUAUGUAAAUCUCACCGUGGUGUGAUAUACACGCGUCCAAUUGAAAUAUCAAUAUUUCUCCCUUUCGAUGUAAAGUAGAUGGCCUUUGAGAAGAGAUUGAGCGGAUUGAGCUUGAGCUUUGGAUGGAAGGAAGGGGUGUGGUGGGCGCCAUCGCGCUGGCCAGCCGGCGCGGGAAGCGCUCGGUGGAGGUGCCGGCGCGCCGCGAGGCCGUCGUCUGGGACCUGGUGAGCGCCACCGACCAGCUCGGCUGCGCGCUCAAGUUCGUCUGUCUGAUCCAGGCGCGGCCCGAGGAGGAGCUCAGUGAGGAAGAGGCCAUGGUGUCGGCGCUGUUCGGCCGGGAGCUGGACGGGGUCGACUUUGAGAAGAUGCAGACGAGCAAGGGGGCCUACUGGUACGCCGCCUUCAUGGGCGAGAGAUUCGGCGCCGACUCGUGCAACAAGCUCUUCGGCAGCUGUCCGCACCAGAUGGCCUCCAUGCUGGAGUACUUCAGCGGCCUGCAGGCCGAGUCGGUCUAGUCCGGCGGUCAACGCCAGGUGCAAGUAACUCAGAAUAGGUGCAUACAUCGCUCACCACCUACCUAUACAUAUGCUACGCGUGCCACCAUAGACUACUGUAUUGCCUACUGAUAUAGUGUGGCCUAUGGUGCCACGUAUGCCGAAACUCUACUGCGUAUUUUAGGUCUAACGGUGUCGUAAGGCGAAAACUAUAAAAGUAUUAUAGUUACUUUUCAUGAGCCUAUACAUUAGUAGAUCCUACAGGUAGGAUGUAUGUAUAUGUGCCUCUUGUAGGUAUACUCGUAUGUGCGUCUCGGCAGUUCUAGUCAAAUUUUAAAUGAGCGCGCUUACAAUCUCUUUUUGUAAAUAUCUGUAAAUCUGUAAUCCCUUUUUGUCGUGAACUGUAUGGAAUCCUGCAUGAUAGUGUAUUGCUGAACUUCUUUGGGAUGCAAAAUAUACAAAUUGUAAUAAG